AUGGGUAACCUACCGAAAGAACGCACAACAUUCUCGCGUGCGUUUACAAACACAGGUGUCGAUUUUACCGGGCCCUUUGAGAUUAAGAGCUAUCGCGGCCGCGGUUGCCGCAUUUCCAAAGGCUACGUUUGCCUUUUCGUUUGUUUUACGACUAAGGCAAUUCACCUGGAAGCGACAAGCGAUCUCAGCACCCCAUCCUUUCUGGCAGCAUUCGCUAGGUUUGUUGGUAGAAGAGGAUGUCCGAAAAACAUGUACUCCGACAACGGCACCAAUUUUGUCGGAGCUUCUCGAUCAUUACGAUCUGAAAUGAAGGCGUUCAUAGCAGAAGCGCGUGAUAAAACCAUAUCGAAAUAUAGUCAUCAAACACUUACAUGGCAUUUUAUACCCCCAGCAGCUCCUCACAUGGGCGGACUGUGGGAGGCGGGUGUAAAAAGUUUCAAAAACCACUUCAAAAAGAUUGCAUCCACCCACAAAUACACCUUUGAGGAGCUCAGUACCUUAUUAUGCCGAGUUGAGUCUUGUCUCAACUCGCGACCGUUAAGUCCCUCAUCGAACGAGCCAACUGACUUGGAGCCUCUAACUCCCGGUCAUUUCCUCACAGGCGGUCAUUUACUCGCGCCACCGGAAUUAGAUGUAAAUGAAAACCCAGCCUCCAUAAUAAAUAGGUGGCAGAAAUUAAAGGCUUUACAUCAAACCUUUUGCAGGCGAUGGAAGUCAGAAUACCUAUCCGAACUACAGAAGCGAAUUAAGUGGAAAAAUCCAAAGCAGAAUAUGGAGAUUGGUGAUCUCGUCGUUAUAAGAGAGGACAAUUUAGCGCCUAACGAAUGGAGAUUAGGCAGAGUAAUCAACCUGCACCCCGGUUCCGACAACCGAGUGCGUGUGGUGGACAUCACCACCGAGAAGGGUCAGGUAACACGACCGCUGGCAAAACUUAUCCUACUGCCACCGUACAACGAGAGAAUUGAGAAGCCACCGAAUGCUUCUUGA